AUGUCGACGGCACCAAAUUUGAAGAACUUACCUUCCAGGACCGACUACUAUACUAAAUUCAACACCGGCCAGUAUGGGGAGAGUUAUGGGAAUUCUUGUACUUUGGGGUGGGAAGAUAAAUUGAAGGGUAAAUUAAGUAAGUACGGCGGUCUCUCCAAUAUGGAGACGAGGAUCAUGAAUGCAUAUUGCUAUGCAUGUAAGAAGAAGGAACAGACGGAGUCUGAUCACGGUAACCCAUGCCGUUUCUUUUAUUACUGGUUGGGGAAUAUGGUCCCCAAGGGUGCAAAUACAUAUAACUUAUCCGAAGUCCUGGAUUCAAUUUACCAGGCCUUCGAAGGUACUCCCUAUAAAAAUAAAUGUGAAAUUAAUUACGAAGAUGUUGAAGAAAUCAAUUUUGACCUAAGGAGGAGGAUACAUGAUUUUGCUUAUAACUAUAAGACUAUACAAGGACUUGUAGAUAAAUGUGGGCAUACAGAAGCUAAGGAAUAUUUACGGUACUUGCAAAGAAUUAGUGGAGCAUGUAGAAUUGUGGGGGUAGACUGUCCAGACGGGGAGGCACGUGAAAGUGGUACAUACUGUUCCGAUUAUAAGGAAAAAUAUAAGGCGUAUUGUGAGGAUAAGCUGGAAGAACUGCAAGGAAAAUUGACCACUUUUCUCAAUCCAAAUUCAAACGAAGCCGGUUCUUCCGGUUCCUUUUCUGAAUCGGGAGGACAUCAUAAUGGGUUAGCUGGUGCGGAAGGAAAAGGUGGUUCGGAUGGUGGUGGAAGUCACCAAAAGGAAGAUGAUUUGAGUUGGUUACCUUCCAAAGAAGCGUACAGGGAAAUUGUCAGUAUUACUGACCCCUGUGAGGGACAUCAUGAUUUGAUUUCAGAAGUACAAGGAGCAUUAGGGGAAUAUAAUGUUCUUGGAGGAGAAGCUAAUAGUAUUGCGAAAUGGUUUUGUUACCCACUUGGUAAAGAAAGCACCCUGUCGACGGACAAUUCAGCAUGUUAUUAUUUAUAUUAUCACGUGGGAGAUUCGUAUUCUAGCUAUUUUCAUAAAGAUGAUUCACCAUUCUGGAAUUUUAUGGAUAAAAUCAGUGAACAGUUAGGGAAACUGCCCGUUGGUAAAGAGAAAAAGUGUCAAAUUGAGCUUAGCAACAUUGACAAGAACAAUUUCAUAUGGGAGAAAAGAGUAUAUGAUUUUUAUAAGGACUAUCAAACUAUAAAGGAAAAAUUACAGGAGACUAAACCCCCCUGUAGUCGAGAAUUGGACCAAUACCUGACAGAAGCGGCCAUAGGAUAUAAGCUUAUAGAUAUAUACUGCAAGAGCAACCGUUCUACCCCUUCUGGUAGUAAGGACAACGCAUAUUGUGUAAAAUUUAACACCGACUAUAAACAACGCAAUCCUUGGGAACUCUUAAAUUCGACGUGUAAAACGGAGCUGGAGGAUGAAAUUUCAGCAUAUUCCGAAACUUCAGAUAUAAAUCCCCACGGAGAACCAGAAGAAGUCCCAGUAUCUCCAGCCACUACCCCAACUGUCUCUUCUGGAGAAGUAUCCUCCACUGUCCCUUCCCCAACCACCGACCCCAUUUUCUCUUUUGCAAGAGACGGCCCUAUUGCCACCUCCGGAUUGGUUGCAGUUGGAUUACCUGCCAUUGCAUAUUUUUUAUAUAAACAUACUUCCUUACCUUUCUGGUUACAUGAACAAUUUGGAGGAAGGAGCAAUCACAUGAGCAGGAGCCGAAGGAGGGCGAGAAGAUCUACUGGUCCUAAUUUUAGUAAUUUUACAGAAGAUGUUUCUACCGAAGUGCCAACGGAAUAUUCAUCAUACCUGUCGACACUAUACCCACUGGAAGAAUCCAUAGAAGAUAAUUCUACCACAUAUUAUGAAGAAUCGCCGCAACCAUCACCCAGACGGCGUGGGCAACAACAAGAACAACGAAGAAGACGAGGACCGGCACCACCAUCUAGAAGAAGGGAAAGAACAGACAAUGAAUAUAGAUAUGGAAGAGGCCAAAAUAUUAGUUAUUAUCGCAUGUAA